GUACGCAUGCGUACAAUGGACACUCUUUUUGGGGAUACCGACGAGGAGUCAACACGUGACAAAAAAAUCAAGAUGGGAGAUCACGCAGAUGAUGAUUUUGGUGGAGCAGAUUCUGGAGCAUCCAAGACUUAUCCCGCUCAGUGUUCUUCUCUUCGCAAAAAUGGACAUGUUGUCAUUAAGGAUCGACCAUGCAAAAUCGUAGAAAUGUCCACAUCUAAGACUGGAAAGCACGGCCAUGCCAAGGUUCACUUGGUGGGAAUUGACAUUUUCACUCAGAAGAAAUAUGAAGACAUAUGCCCUUCUACUCACAACAUGAAUGUCCCUCUUGUUAAACGCCAAGACUACCAGCUUAUAGACAUUGGUGAUGAUGGUACCCCAUCCCUUAUGGAGGAAAAUGGCUCCUUAAAAGACGAUAUGAAUCUACCAAAAGAUGAAUUAGGUGACGAAAUUAAAAAACGCUGGGAGAACCAAGAAUCCCUUCUUCUGACAGUGACAUCUGCUAUGGGUGAAGAACACAUUACUGGAAUAAAGGUGGAUACUAAAUAGGUUCCUAAUAUGAAGAAAUAACAGAGACUAGAAAUAUUAAACAACAGACAUUUACCGGUAUUUAACUUUGACACAGUGGCUAGGUACCCAUCUUCACGGAGGUCGGAGGAAUGAAAUAUGGAUGUUGGGGGUGAUUCACAUAUAUGGGUUGUGCGUUCUCUUUUUAAACCUCCAUGGAACAGCAUUGACUUACGACCAUGCACUAAGACAUGCUUUUUUUUGCUUCUUUGGCAUUUUUUUUUCUUCGAGUGAGAUGAUCAGUGAGGAUGCUGUAUGAUCAAUUAAAGGCUACUCUAAUGAGUAUUUCAAGAAAGAAGAAAAUCAUGUGAAAAAAUUGAAAUUAUACAAGUUUAUUCAACACAUCAAAAUGGGAAAUAAAAAGUUGCAUCCAGACAGAAUUGACCAAGUAUUUUCAAAGUGUUCAUAAACUACUUUUUCUUUUUGUGAACAUGUGUGUGAGUAUCUAGCCAUCAAUACAUAAAAGUGCUCUUUG